UUGAACCCGUUCAGCCAGUAAUGCCAACUAGGGCUUUAAUCAUAUCAUCAUUUAAAACCCUAGAAGCAGAACGAAGACUCCUAAACCGCCGUCGAGUCUCAAAUCCCUCUCUCGAGCGAAGAUGCAGAACGAAGAGGGAACCGUCGUCGAUCUCUACGUCCCAAGAAAAUGUUCGGCGACGAAUCGGCUGAUUACUGCUAAGGAUCACGCCGCGGUCCAGAUUAACAUUGGGCACGUAGAUGAGAACGGGAUUUACACUGGCCAGUUCUCCACUUUUGCGCUCUCUGGUUUCAUUAGAGCUCAGGGAGAUGCUGAUAGUGCUCUGGAUAGGCUCUGGACCAAGAAGAAAGUUGAAGUCCGACAGCAGUAAUUUGCUGUCAUAUUUUGCUUUUCUCAUUUUGGGACUAGUUUGGUUGAAUAUUUUUGUCUUAAUUACUGGGUCUAAACUCCCCAUGUAGAAUUUCUGCUAGUAAUGUCUUUAAUUUUUUGAAUUUUCAUUGUUGUUGAGAUCUUUCUAAGACCCAACUAAGUUCUUUACUACUAAUGCAGAAUUUUCCUCGCAUAA